UUCUUAAUUCGCACCUUGCACCACGAUCUUUUCCUCGCCAGGGUUACUGCUGGGACCCUCGUAGUCAAUCCCAAAACAAGAACCACCGAGUGCACCCAACUGAGCGAGUGACACAUGGGUCCGGAUCACGCGAGCCCACGUCUCAGUGAGAAAUUUUCUAGGGAGAGAAGUAUCAGCGAAAAGUGGCAAGGUUAAAGCCUACUUCUCGCCGCCCCCUACAGGCUACGACUAAACCCUCUCCCAGCACCGAAUCGAGGGAGAAAUCGAGGCCCACUGAAAGAGAAGGAAUCAAGGGAGAAAUCAAGAGAGCGAAAUCAAGGGAAGACCCGAACAGCGGCGAUGGCGAAGGUGCUCCGCGGGGGGCGUUGCGCCUCCUCCAAGCUCCAGCAGAUCACGCCGGCGAUCUACCGCCGCAGGACGCAGGAGGGCGUCGCCCCACUUCUUGGAUCGUCUUCGGCCGCUCCUGCUGCUGGCAUGGGUCGUCUGAUCCACACGACGAGGGCCAUGUGCAAUCAAAAGAGGAGUCUUCCUGAUUUGGAAAAGUUAAAAUCAGACUAUGUUCACACUAGAGGAAAGUUCCAGGCUAAGGUUACCAAAUUUUCAAUACUGCACCUUUCGGAAAAGCUGGACACUGUACAGAACAGGAUGCUUCUGUAUCGUCACUAUUGGCACUGGCCUGCUUGGCUUGUAUUUAUAGUAGUUUCUGUAGGGUAG